CCCCUUUGCCCGCUGUCUGCGCCUGCGCUUCACCACAGUUGCCGCUGCCUGCGCAUGCGCACUCCGCAGGUUUGACCCAAAUGAUGGCUCACAUGAGUUAUUCUAACCAGGGCUUCCCCGAUAACCGCCCCCGGCCCCGCAAUGUCUCCAGGGAGGAAGCCCUGCGGCUGGAAGGCUACAAACACGCUUGCCACGUGCUGUUUCAUGCGCCCACCAGUGCCAAGCUGUUUGAGAGGGUCCCUAUCAGACAUGUUCUGCUGGUGAGAUGGCUGGUAGCCUGGGUUAUAGAGAUAGUGGGCUGUCCUACUCCAUCACAUGGUCCAUAUCACAAUGUCAUAACAUUAAUAUGACCAUUAUAUAGUCUUAUAUCUGGUAUGUAGCCACCCAUGGAAUUGGUAGCCCCCUUCUUGGCAAAAUGCCUAACCUAGUAGCCCAAUACAAUAUUUUUUUUGCCCCUAGUUUGCUUUAGUUUAUGGCACCAUGGCAACUAAAUUUUAAGAGAUUAUUUGGGGAAAAUCUAGUCUGGGAAGAGUAGGUAGCUUUUGCCUGGGCAGUAGGGUGUAAGGCCCUUCUGGGUGGCUAAUUUCUGUACUCGGGGUGGGCAGUAAGCCUGAUUUAGAGUCCACAGCCAAAAAAUGUCACGUUGCGCAAAAAGGAUGCAAAAGUUACACGUGGGCUCCAUGCUUGGAAAUUUUGUAUUUAGAGUCUGGUUUUCUGUGUCACAAAAUACGCGCCAGUAGUGUUAACUAUGAUUCGCUAUGUCAGCUUGGUGUGGAUUUUUAAUGAAAAUUAUGUGGAUCUGCCGGAAAUGCCGCAGAUUCCUUGAAUGGAAUUCGUUCGCGGUAGCAAAAAGAACGCAGAACUCAAAUACAGGCCAACACAAUUUUCUACAGUACAGUUCUGUAGGCAAAUGCACAGAUAGUUUGUUUGCUAGGGUACCUAGCCUUGUUAUUGGCUCCCAAAUCACCCGCUGUGUCCAACAAGUCGUUAGUCCAGUGUGAUAUUAGCCCAGUGUUCCCAGCAAGUGUAUCCUAGCUACCAAUUCUGACAAGUGUUUUUUUGCUCUAAUUAGAAAACUCAUUCAGUUGACACAAAAAAAAAAAAAUGCAAAGAAACAGCUACAUGGAUUUUCCACGGAAAUGAUGCAGACCUUGCAUCCAAAAUGCACCACUCAGUGUGAAUCUAAAUCACAUCUAAAGUUCACAAAUGUAUUACUACACAAAUUUGAAGGUUUUUGUUAUAAAAUCUAAAUCAGACCUAUUUAUCUUUUUUGCACAAAACCGUAGUCCACUCUUUAUGUAUAUGGUCCUACUCAGGUGUUGCAUACGAUAUGAGUUUACUAGAUAGAGGUUUCUCCAGAAACCUCCAUCAACGCCAGACUACGUGAUUUUUUUUUUUUUUUUUUAAUUACUGUGUUCUGUAGUGGUUGUAGUGACAGGAGUACCAUGAGGGGUUGGAAUCUACCCUGGUCACCCACACAGAUAUGCAUUUUUAAAUCUUGUUUUGGUUUUUGUGUUUUUAUUAGAAUUCAUCUCCUCUUUUACAUCUCUCUUUUCUUCUCCUUCAUACUUGGUCUACCACAGAUGAUGAUGCGGUUUGAUGGACGUCUGGGAUUCCCUGGAGGUUUUGUAGAUGUUAAAGACUCUUCCCUGGAAGCCGGUUUGAACAGAGAGGUGGAAGAGGAGCUGGGGUGCUCGUCCAGUAAAUUUGAGGUCACAGAGAAGGAUUAUAGAAGUGCACAGGUUCGAGAGUUUCCACAAAAAUGUGUCACACAUUUCUACAUCAAGGAGUUGGAGCUGGAGGACAUGGACAAGAUUGAGUCUGAGUGUGUCAAUGCCAAGGACCAUGGAAUAGAGGUGGGUAGCACUAAACCACCUUAAAGUAGGUACCAUAGAUCUUAUCUAGGCUGUGAAACAGGCAUCUGCAGUACAAACACCAACAAUAUUUAAUUUUAUGGCAUGUCUGGAUGUGGCAGUGGGGGUGAUCACACUGCACGUUAAAAAUCAUGAUGCAUAGUCUGGCGGUCACUGUGGCUUCUCAGGGUAUAACCAUGAAAUACACUUUCUGGCCAUCCUGAGAUUAUCUGGAUUUACAUUCAUUGUCGGCAGUUGCUGUUUGUUCCUGUCCGCAUUAAUAUAAAGGGUUACUACAACCACCAUGAUUACUUCUGCACCCUUGGUCCAACAAUGCUAUGAGAAGUGUUUGAUUGGACCUCGGACGAAGAAGCAAUGACACAGAUGUAGAAGGAGAGAGCUUCAAGGAGAACUUGGUUCUAGCGUUAGAUUGACAUUAAAUUUAUGCCUUUCUUUUGGAGUUUUUAUUGGAAAGGGGGGGGGGGGGAACCCAGAGAACAAACUGGAGGCCACGAAAGAAACCACGUGACCGACAUGAGUUGCACUAUUUUCCCCUAAUACAUGUUUCACCAUUGUGUAGCUUAAAUUACAUUUUGAUAUUUUUAGGAUAGUUAGUGAUGGCGUUGGUGCUGGUUGUAGUCCAAGAUUUAUGGGGAGAUGCUUAGUGCUAGGGCAACACUAGUGCAUUCUGUGUGCUGCCUGAGAAUACUUGUAGUAAGUGACUGGUAGUUGAAUUAAGAAGGUGGCAGCUGCCUCAAUGGAAUGUAACAUAUAUGUUACAGUUCUACAUGAGAUUAGAUUCAAUGAACUGUACAGAGGUUAACCGGCAUUAAAGGAUUACUCGAACGCUUUGUCUAACAUCCUUUAUUUUUGCUUGAAUUUAAUUAUUAAUCAAUUUCCCCCAAAAAAACAGUUCACUUAUAUUCCAUCCAGCAUGUGGUCAUAUGCUCUCUAGUCUCGUCCACCACCUGUCGUUACAUCCCGUCAGUUUCCCCAUCCGAUGUCCAAUCAGAUACUUCUCAUAGAAGGUCAUUGGUGGACCUUGGGCUCAUGUGCUGGUCAAGGGGUUGGACAUAGGGAGAGGGCAAAAAAAAAAAGCACUAUUUAUGUAGGGUGAUGGGGAGGACUUGCAUAUGGGAGGAAGGUUAAAGGGGAGGACGAAAAAGAACCCUCUCCCACCCCCCAAAACACAGUUGAAAGAGCAACGAGGUACACUGGGAGGGCUCGCAGGAGGGACGCAUUUUACAGUAAACAUUUAGUUGGACUGUCCAACAGGCUUCUACUUGCAGGGUCAUCACAACGCUGCAGGUGAAUGAACUGAUACUUUGCCAACCGUGCUAGAAGCACAUUUUGCAAAGAACUCACAUUAGUUGGUCCUGAGUUCUGGUCUGACCAAGUCACGUGUGCCGGAGUUGUAACUACAUCCUGGCACAAAAUCACAGCUUUCUUUGUAUAGGCAACAUUGGAAGCAGUAAGCACUUAAAUUAGAAGUGGUCAAGGAGGUAGGAGUAACCCUUUAAUCCCCAUUUAUUACAGGGAAUAAUUGCAUUGAUCAAGUCACGAUCUGUUCAGUUUGGGGGGGAGGAGGAGAAAGUAGGCAGAAUUCACAAAUAUGUAUUGGAAUUUAAUUUUUAAUUCAGCACCUUUCACUGUUUAGUGAAUAACCCCAAGGUUUAAGGAAUGACAGGGCUGUAAAUUUAGGGGACUUCAAUAGGAACUUAGCCAGGAAGUGGAAUCCUUGUUGGAGCAGAAUCUAAUCUAGAUCUAUAGCAUGCUCCUCCAGCUUUUUGAGAGUUUCUCAAUUAUCUCUUCGUUCCCUUUACAUUUUACCAAUAGCUGCUUAUCUCUGCCAACUCUUUUUUAGCCAUCACCUCCAAAUUUCCCCUGCUACCUCUUGUCUCAAAUUCCUAUUGUAUCCUUUAGAUUGUAAGCUCACAGGCUAUCUAGCUAGGCACUUUGAAUAAAAGAGCUUCAAUGGCUAGAUAUCUGCUUACAGGCAAUGCUCUUUCUACCUCUUGGAUUUGUCUGUGUAUAUUGUACGUUCUCCACUAAUUGUACAGCACUGUGGAAUAUGUUGUCGCUUUAUAAAUAGUAAAAUAUAAAUAAUAAAUGGAUCCUGGAAACUGGUGAUUCUGGAAACCCAGAACUCUGCAUCACAUCCUGGAGAUACCGUAAGCAGAGACGUGUAAAGCAAGGACACUAAUCCACUGAACUCUAACGGCAGGAUUAAGCCAGUCCUCUAGGAAAUUGAGCAGUUGUAAACAAUACUAAACGGAAAGUGUCUUAAUCUUCCCGGCAAAUAGAUAAAUAUCUGACUGAAGCAAGUGUAGGUGAGAGUAGUAUCCAAGCCAUUACUGUCUAGCCUAAAUUGAGUUUCACUCAUACUAAUACUCAUAAUCUCAACACCAUACUACUUAAUUAUGGAUAGAUACCCAGCGCACGCGACCAUAGACAGGACCUCCCCCGCCCCUCCCCUUUUUUCAUAAACCAGGUGUCCACGGGGGCGGUCAGGACUCUUACUCUAACACAUAGCUUCAGCACACGCCACAACCACAGUGACUGUGAUAGACGCCCCAGUACCCUUCUGGCACAGAACAGCCGACAGAUCAGUUCAUUCUGAAAGGGUCUAACCCUUCACCACCUGCCUCGCAUUGAUCCCGCCUGUAGCAGCCCCGACACUAUAUUUUCACUGGGCCAAUCUCCACACUGCAAUGGGUCCAUAACACAGCGGCUACAGCUCCAAUGCAGGGCGCAGCAGAUCAGCUCUCCAUGGGAAAAACGCGCCCAAAGAUAGCACCUGAGUUGUAGUCAAUCCAAGUGCGUCCAACCACCUCAUAUGCCCAUGAUGUAAGAUCACACGCACACACUGAGCUUUCUCAUUAUUUAUACAUGUCUCUUAAAUCUAAUGCACAUGCUCUCUAUAGGACCUUACAGAUUGAUGUAUCACACGUGCAUAGUUUACAGUUACUUGUACUUGAACAGAAACUAAAAAUAUGAGGCAAAUGACUAUAAGAGCAUAUACUUUUUGACUGCAUCCUCUGUUUAUGAACCAAAGCUCCCACUGUGUAUUGGGAUGUUGUACACAAGCUCCCACUGUUUAUUGGGAUGUUGUACACAUCUUAAAUGCUUUGAAAAAUAAAGAAUUAAAAAAACUAAACAAAACAGAAUGACCCCAACUGUGCCGAUAACUGGGGUCAUCUAAUACAGGCAGACACUAUAAAUCUUUGAACAUUGUAUCAACUGCAUCCUGGGUAACCAUUUAUUGUGGCAAUAUUCCAAUGACAUUGGGACUAAUGUAUUGAAACAUAUGUUAUACACAGUCGACGGUUUUUACUUUAUUUCUUAAAGACGUAUUCCACACACCAUAACUACUCCUGGUAAUCUAUUUGAUUUUAUCUAAUAACUUUUUUUUUUUUUCUGCAAACAUCUGAUGGAGUCUGGAAAAGGCUGUCUGCACUAGCACUCUCUAGUGGCUAUUCAGGAGAAUGCAAGAAUAAUAGUGGUUAUUUCUCUAAAUUGGCAAUUGUGAAGAAUGGACAAGGAAAUUGCAAAUUUUAGUUCAAGUCUCAUGGCACUCUUCCCUCUUCAGUUGGUUUGGCAUGCUCUAUGUUGUAACAUUGUUGCUUUUAUAUAUGCCUAACUAUUUGUCCCAUUCUCAUUGCAUUCUCAUGUCUACAACUGAGGUGGUGCAUCACAAGGAGGAGCUAUGCUUGUAAUGUGCAAUAAACAAAUGCAUUAAACAAGUUCCUACCUCCUCUCACAUGCUAACUAGACCACCUGUCUUUGUCCUUGCUGUAAAACUAAUGGUUUUAAAGACUUGCUUUCUGCUUAAGAUGUAAGUUGUUUUGUUUUUGUUUCAGUGGAUUACAUUUUUACACCUGUCUUUUUUCUAGGUUAUGGGCCUUGUACGUGUUCCUCUCUACACCCUGCGUGAUGGAAUGGGAGGCCUUCCUGCAUUCUUGUGUAAUAACUUUAUUGGAAACUCUAAGAGUCAACUCUUAUACGCCAUUCGUAGCUUGCAUCUGCUGCGGGAGGACCAGAUCCAAGAGGCCUUGCGGGCCUGCCACGGUUCUCAGUACUGAUCUUUAGUAUUGGGUCUUAUACAGAUGUAAAGAAGACGGAUUUCCCUUUAACAAAAUAUGCCCAUGGCCAUUUCAUUAAUUGAACUGCAAGGGCUCACUGGUGGAACACUGCUUAAAUUUGAUCUCCUUGUCCUCUCCCUACCAUGCAGCCACUUUAUAUGUAAUCACUUGCUCUUUAAAUUCAAGACACUUAAUGGCUUUCAUAUCACUGGCACACAAAAUGAGCAGUCUAGGCACUAUAACCACUUCACGCAACGUAGGGUGCCAUUUGGCUAUAGCUUCAUCAAAAAUAGGGAACCCUGAGGCAUCCUUGGCCUAUCCCCCUGCUCAAGUAUUACCAUUGUGGAAAUGUAAUAUUCUCAUUAGCAGUGUCAAUUUUGACAAUAGUUUAAAGACAUUCAUUGGCUGAGUGCAUCUCCUGACCCAUUUAGCCAAUGAAUGGCUUUAAAUUAUGGAUAAACCGAUAUUGGUAAUGGACAUUUCCAAUUGACCAUAGCUGAGUUAGGGGUUUUGGUCUCAGGUGCCUCUGUGACACAUUGUUUGUUAAACAGUCGGUGCCUGCAUUGGCUUGUAGUGGUUAUGGUGCCUUUAAGGCGAUACAGCCUAUGACUGUUUAUAGCACCGCAGAUGUUUUUCACCUAUAUUUCCCACCCUGAUCAGUACACCUUCUUAGUUUUUAUUGGAAAUGUAGUUCUUAAACAUCUUGGGUUCCAAGGGUAGCCAUCCCUGAUAUUUCGGAAAUGUUUAAUCCGAAUCUAAGAGAAUUGUUUAUUUAACUAUUGUGUGCUGCCUAUUUGUUUGUUAAAGCGGGCAUGUCCUAUUUGUUUUCUUUUGGUUUUCCUUUCAUUCUGCUCCAUAUAUCUAAAUCGGUUAUUGUUCCUCACGCCACACUUGCCUUUUUUUUUUUUCCUCUGUCCAUGUUGUCUACUCUUUGCCCUCUGUAUGGUUUGUUUUGCUGUUGAAUUGUAGGUAGAUCUGAUAGAUAACUGAGACAGUCAAGCUUUAAGCUCCAUCCACCAACUACUGUACUUAACAUUAACUUAAAGGGACAGGCCCCCAGAAAACUUCCUCUCAGUGAAUUGGUCUGAGUGCCAUGUCCCCCCUUUUAUCCCUGCAGCUGCAAACAUUGCUGUUCUACAGGUUUUACAGGAACCGUAAUGUUUUCGUUGCAGGGUUAACCUGCCUCUAGUGGCUGUCAUACAUGGAACAAUGUAGCAGCAGAUUUGAUUAAGUUUAUUUUUGGUGACAGAGCCACUUUAAGAACUUACAUUUUUUUUUUCUUAAAGUUGUCAACCUCCUAAACAUGGGGUCUCAACCCCAAUGGGUGCAAAUAUAGGUUGUUACUAUUCCACAAGGGGCCAUAAGCCUAGGAGGAAGCUAUUGCACUACUGUUGAUACUCGUAACGUGACAUGGAUAAAAAAGAUUGAUUGCAGUUCAAAUUGACAAGUACUGAGAUUUGACUACCCUUGUACUAUGAUAUGAUAAACCUUUUUUAUAUGUCAAUGUAACUCGUGAUAUUUCUUAAUGCACCUUCAAAAUAAAGAAUUACAAAAAAAAAAGUGGUCAACCUCCAACCUUUAAAAUAAGCCACACAUGCAACCUAAAACGACAUUUAGAAAUAAGUUUAUAUUAUACGUUUUGUUUUCAUGCAGUGACAUGUGAAGAACUUGCAUAUUAUUACUUUAUUUUCCAGUAUUGUGCCAGUAAUUCAAAUGUAAUACUAUUUUGUAUGUAUUGCUUUGUGUACAUUGAGUGGAUCAUGUGAUGAAUUCUUCAUCCUUAUCGAUUAAAGGUGUCUUGUUUUUUAUUUAAGAUAUUACUUUCAGAAACAUGACUUGUUAAUCUUCACUGUGAAAUAAUAUAAUCUGGCCGAUCGGUGGUUAAAAUGUACCAGUCCGUAAUGAGAACAAAAUAAAUGGGGUGGAUGAAAUCACACUUACUGUA